AUCCAGGACACGUCAGGCCCGUCUCAUUACCCGCUGAUCCCAUUGAGGGCGAGACCAGUUUCUAAAACAAGAUGGCGCCGACGUAAACAAAAAUGGCGACCCAGUGGCAGCAAGUGUUGGCAUUAGAUGCUCGAUAUAAUGCUUAUCGAGCUCCCAAUAACCCUAAUUUCAGAACAUUAUAUAUAAGAAGAAGAAGUCAAUUAUUAAGAGAAAAUGCAAAGGAAGAGUGUAAUCACAUUGUAAGAAAGCAAUAUUUACGACUUCGGAGUCAAUUACUUUCACAAAGAUAUGGAGUUUCUUUGGAUCAGGGAAGUAUAAGAAGUAGAAGUUUAGGAGCAAGAAGUAAUAGUAGAAUAACUUUAGAGAAUAGUGAUUCAUUUGAUGGCCGUAAUGUUUCACAAAGUGAAAACAGAAGAAUGUCACAGAAAACUUUAGUUCAUCCUAUAGAAGAAAAUUUAGUUCCUACUCAUGCUGCUGAAGCAAGUCGAGCAAUGGCUGGUGGAACUACUGUUGCUGAAAAUUAUGCUUUUGCUGGAGUUCAUCAUAUUUUUGAUCAACAUAAAGAUGCAGUAACAGCAGUAAAAUUUGCAAACAACGACAAAUCGCUAUUAGCUUGCUGUUCUAUGGAUAAAACUUUGUCAAUUUGUCAGUUAACUCCUCCACCUGCAAGUGUUCUAUUUAAACUUAAAGGCCAUACUAUGGGUGUAACAGCUUUUGAAUGGUCUGCUUCAAACGAUCUUGGAGUAUCGUCGUCAUUAGAUGGAACGGUACGUCUGUGGGAUGCCGCUAAAGGAACUUGCAUUAGGACUGUCAACGAUCCUGAUAAUGCUUCUGUUUACUGUGUUGUUUUUCAGCCAUUAAAUAAUAAUAUGGUGGUUACCGGUAAUUGUAAAGGCCUUGUUCAAGUUUUAAAUAUUUCAACUGGAAUAUAUCUUAAGGGAGGUAGUAGUAAAACAACUGGAGGUGUACUGUCUUUAGUAUUUGAUUCAAGUGGCAAAUUGUUAUGGGCAGCUGAUGAUAGAGGUUAUAUAGUUUCAUACAUAUUUGAUUUUCCAAGUGGAAGAUUAACCAAAGGUAGAAGGAUGCUUGUGGUGGAAAAUUGUCCAAUUACUAGUCUGUCCGCUAGAAGCUGGGUCAGCAGAGAAGCUAGAGAUCCCUCACUCUUAGCAAAUUGUGCUUCUGAUACUUUACUACUUUUCAGUAUUAACAGCAAAGAUGGAAAUUUAAUAUUGAAAAGGAAAUUUCCAGUCAAGCAUAAAUCUAAUUUAAAUAUAAAAAGUUGUUUUUGUCCAAUUAUGUCUUUUCGACAAGGAGCAUGUGUUGUUACUGGUAGUGAAGACAUGUGCGUUUAUUUCUUUGAUGUGGAGCAAGAAAAUAAACCGUGCGUCAAUAAGUUGCAGGGUCAUUCUGCACCAGUAUUGGAUGUUUGUUUUAAUUAUGACGAGAGCCUUCUAGCAUCUAGCGAUGCACAGGGUAUGGUCAUCAUUUGGAAGCGGGAGAAAAGACAUUAACUUAUUUACUAUACUGUACAUUGGAAGGAAUAUAUAUAUAUAUAUAUAUUUUACAUCGG